AUGGUUGCAUACGUUUCCAGGCUUGCCGCCAAAACUACCCCUUACUUCGGGAAAUUAAACAUCAAGACUUUGCUAACUUACACACCUGACCUUGCUAUAUGGGGUGGUGCUUCUUUAGCUGGUGUUUUCGUUUUCACCGAAGGCUGGCCUAAAUUCCAAGAUACUUUCUACAAGAAAAUCCCAUUCUUUGGAUCUCACUGGGAUGUUGAGAUUCCACCAGAAGACCGUGCCCAAUAA